GAGUAGCGGUCCGGUUCCGGGCUGAAGGGACUGGGUAGUGGCGAGGGCGACAGGAAUAACGGGGGUUGUGCAAAGUGAAAGGUGCUGGACCAGUGUAAUAUUAACGACUUGUUGCAAAUCUAAAGCUUCGUCGUGGUCCAAAUUGCAUGAGAGGCGCUCUCUCGUUAGGAACUAAAGCAUUACCUGUGAAGGGGCAAGUGGACUGAAGGUGUUCGAGAAUAGGCUUGGGAAUAAUCGAAAACUCAGCAAGAAUCCUGCUACAUCUGAAAGGAGGAUGGCGAUGCUGAAGUCGGCGGCUGUGCUCACCCGCGACAAUGUCGCCUUCCUGCUGCAGGGCGUGCCCUGCAUGUACCGCGAGCUCUUGUUCUCGGUGAAGCCGGCCGGCGAGCUGCCGUCGCAGGAGGGCCGCGUCGCCGUGGUGACGGGCGGCUCGCGCGGCAUCGGCCUCGAGGCUGUCAAGACCAUGCUCCGACUCAACAUGCACCUCAUCAUAGGCUCCAGCAACGUGGAGAAGGCGGAGAAGGUGCUGAAGCCGCUGGCGGCCGAGGUGGACGGCAAGGGCAAGCUGGAGGUAUGGCCGCUGGAUUUGACCAAACAGAAGUCGGUGCACGCCUUUUGCCAGCGGUUUUUGGAGACGGGACUGCCUCUCCAUGUGCUGCUCUGCAACGCCGGCAUCAUGUUCUACCCGAAGCACGAGCUGACCGAGGACGGGUUCGAGAUGCAGUUGGCUGUCAACCACCUGGGUCACUUCACCAUGCAGCAUCUGCUGUACCCGCGCCUGCGCGCCGCGGGCACCGCUGACCGCAAGGCUAGGAUCGUCAAUGUCUCCUCCGCCGCGCACAAUUGCGGGGGCGUCAACUUCGACGACAUCAUGUUAAGCACAACUUACUCGUCGAAGGGCGCCUACUUCCAAUCGAAGGGUGCGCAGAUAUUGUGCACCAAGUACCUGGCCAAGAAGGCACAGGAGGCUGGUGACAACGUCACGUGCAACUCUCUUCACCCGGGCGUCAUCUAUACCGACCUCUACGACUACACCACCAUCUACAAAGUGGCCGCGCCCGUGCUGAAGAAGAUCUGGAGGAGCCCGAAGGAUGGCGCCGAGACGGUGCUGUACGCCUGUCUCUCGCCGGAGGCCGAGGGCGUGAGCGCCGCCCACUUCGAGAACGCGGCCGUGUACCGCUCGGCCGGCUACACGGAGGACGCUCAGCAGCAGCAGAAGAUGUGGGAGGCCAGCUGCGAGCUCUGCAAGGUCGGCACCUUUGGUCAGCCCGACAACUAGUUGCUGGCGACGCGGCGCGGCUCGGCCUGGCGGCGCAGUGUAGCGCCGCCGGCCGCCGGAAGGCGGUGGCUGGUCAGUUAACACGUGUAUGUGGCGAAUCACGUCAGAGGGAGUGUUCCGCAUGGAUAUAGGGGUUUGCAUUGAAAUACUGUCAUGACGAUCAUUCGGUGCAGUUCACGGCUCCGCCCUUCAUGAGACGUUAAGGACAGGACUGUGAACUGCAUCGAAUGAUCUUCAAGAUGCUGUUUCGGUCGGAAACCUCUACAGAUCUGGAGCACUCCCUUUAACCGUUGGCUAAACAUCGAAUCGGCUGUCUUCCUCGAAUGACGGAGCUUUGUCGGGGAGAUCGGAGUUGUUACGUGGUCGGCGCGCCCAGUUGUGAGGGAUGCGAUGUCUGUCAGCGUGUCCACGGUCCCACCAGCGGGGUUGGGUAGGCUUCGGGCGCGGCUGCGCAUAUCCAUGAAUGCUGGAUAUGCAUGGAGACUGUUACUUGGACUGUAUGGAACUUAUAUACUCAGCAAACUUCCUAUACAAUGUACUCGAUCCAGUACCCGUCAUAUGCACGAGGUCAGCUCACAUGUGGGACCAAACGGUAGAUGCCGCGGGUUGUCUGAUUUUCUGCAAAGGAAUGGGGUAGAACAUUCCAGAUUUCAUCGACAUGCUAUUUUGAACGGAGUGUGCAAUCUGGGGCAUGCGCGGUCACCCAUUGCAGGCUCCCCGAAAAAAAAGAAGAAAAAACAUGAUGGCGCCGACUGCUCAAAGCCCGCCUGCUUGCUCUGCUUAUGCUCUUUCAGAUGUGCUGACUGUGAUGUCGCUGUGCCGCCAGCUGACAUGGGCGGUGGGCAGGCAGCUCAGUGAGCUCCCAUGAGAUCUCGCUGGCUUUGGUGCUGUGCUGACAACCAAGCCGCAUCUGUCACGCUCGCUGUAGGAAAUGCGCUUAUUCAAUGGUACGGCGGCGUCUCCCCCUGCGGUGGUGGUAGCAUUUUUACAAAGUUUAUAUGUACAAUAUACAGUUGCUUGACUUUUGUUACCAAU